AUGAGUUUUCAGCAACCUCAAGCUUCUCCAAUAUCUCCGGGAGAUUCUGGAUGGCUGAUCAAAAUGCGCAAAAAUCGAUAUUUGGAUCACACCUCAAAGGUGAAUGAGCCUAAGAAGUACAGAUCAAUGGACCAGCUUCCGACUGGAAAAGUUGGUGCACCCGACAACGAGAAGUCGGAAGGUACAGAUCCGCUGCACUGGCAACUGAGGAAAGACUUCCAUUUGGCUAAGUAUUCGGAACGUCGUGCAUCAUACCACGUAGAAUCAUCGUCAUAUAUCCACAGUAGUCAACAGAUCCAACAUCCUCCACAACAACACCAUCCACCACCACCAUCACCACCUCCAGUUGCAGAGACGAUACAGCACCAGCCACAUCCUUCACAGCAACAACCAUCGACAACUACCAUUUCUAGCAGACAAUUGUACAAGUCACAGCUAUUAUAUCCACCUGGAAGUACUGAGAACAUUGCAAGUGAACACAAACCUGCAAUACGUCCACCUGAAAAAUCAGUCUACGAAAACAAUCCAAUAGCACCUUCCGAAUUAAAUGUGCAAGUGAAGCGUGCUCCACCACAAGGUCCGCCACCACCUCCGCCGCCGCAGGCUCCAGCAGACAUUGACUAUCCAGAGCGGUUAAUGAGCCCACCACCAACUCACCAGCCACGAUCAAUUCUCAAAGGGUACUCUUCACAACAGUACUAUUCGCAGACAAAUCUUACGGAAUCACAUCAUCAUCAGUCUAGCCAAGAGACAUCCCUGAACCCUCAACAAAUGCAUCCAAGACCGUCGGAUCGUCGGACACCGACUCACUUUGAAGAUCUUAGUGAAGAUGAAAAAACUCGAAUUAUGCAUGAAAACUUGCAAAGGCAUCGAAAUAUGAGAAGUGGUCCUAAUGGUCCAAGACCAACUACUACCUCCUUUAAUGGUCCAUUUUUCCGAUUGGAGCAGGUUAAUCCAGGGCAGAACCAGCCGCAACAGCCACAGUAUCAACAGCAUCCUCGGAGCCAGUCAGUGGAUCCAUCCGGAGAUAUGAACGGUGGACCAAGACCGAUUCAUCAAAAUUUCUCCGCAUCGGAAAUCGAGCUUCAUCAUUAUUCUCGAAACGCAGAACCAUCAGUCGUUGUGUGGCCCCCAGUUUCCGAGAAAGAACGAGAACGACCUAGUUCAGUGCUUGCUAAGAACUUUAAUGAUCCAGAAAGAAUCGAUGAGUAUCAGAGACAGAAGCGACUAGAGUAUGAAGCAAUUCAACGCACCAACGAGAAACAAGCGGUGAGCAUGGCCAAACAGGUCAAUGCGAUGAUGCAACAACAAAAGCUCUACGAAAGGUCUCAUGGAAUGACGUCACCUGUGCCAAUCAUGGAAUCGAUCUCUCCACAGCCUCAAGUUUCUCAUCACCACCACCAGCCUCAACAGCAUCAACAACAUCAACCGCAACAGCAAUACUAUCCAUCUCCUCCACCUCCACCACAACCGUACAGAGAUCCAGAACCCGUCUUUAAUCCUGUUCAAGUUUACGAGACAAGACCGAUAUCAGCGUUAUCUGACCAAAUCGAUCAGCCACCGUCGCAGCAGGCUCCAACUAGUUGGAAGAGAACGUACAUCGUUGAACGUCCUAGAGAUGUUGCCAAAAAUGAAAUUAUUACUUCUGAUCAACUGUUAGAGAAAGAAGCCUACGAUGUGGAUUUGCUGAAGCGUCGUGAGACAUUUGUAGAAAAACCAGAAGAAGCUCCAAGGAUAAACAGGCUGGGAAGAAGAUGGCAGCCACCGCCAGAGAGACCAUAUGUCUGGCCGACUCUUCGACGAGCUAUGUCAGUGGAGCCCAGCUCCAUGCCCGUUGACUUUGCUCCUGGAGUUCCACAUAAUUAUGAUGACAAUGAAGAGUAUAAAUGGGAACCUGUUGUAAAUGAUCCUGGAUAUAAGAAAGAAGACAAAAACUUUACACCAGUCAACAGUCCACCAGCUUCUCCAAGAAGGGGUCAUGGUGUGGGACCACUUGAUGAACCUGCGAGGCGGCAGGCUAAAUACGUCAUCCAACCAAGUCCAGAUGGCAGUCACAGACCAAAAGCAGUGUUCCGAAAGGAAAGACAUGCGCCAAGCGGUGGCUUCUAUCCUCAUGCACCGAAUGCUAUCAAAGUUGUGAAGAAACGUGCACAAUCAGUACAAGGCCUACUUUCUCCAACUGAUAACGUAGAAGUUAUUCAUCAAAGAAACUAUCACCGCUUGGAUCUCGAGCAAAAUGGGCAUCACGGACAAAAGUUACGUAGAAGCCAGCACGGUGGUAGUGAGAUGGACUUGAGGAGGUCCACGCAAGAGAUGCCGGACUGGGAGAAAAUCUAUGAACUUCCACCGCACAGUUCGCAGAUUGUGCAAAAAGACAUGCCGCGACACGUCGAUGUUCAGAGAAGACUUUCAAAAUUUGAAGGAUCGAUUCAAAACCUUCGUGCCGCCACGAGUACUCAACAUCUUGAUAGCAUGCAACAGUUACACUUCCCGAUGCCAGACUAUGAGCCACCACAGCCACCACAGCAGAGAAGACGUACAGAGUCAUCUGGCUAUCGAGGAGGGCCUCCACCGCCGCCUCCUAUGCCUCAACAACAGCCUAGAGAGAUGUCACGCCGCAACUCGGUCGCUUCCACGCGCAUAGACUCGCCGUCUCUGAUGAUUCCUCACCAUCGACAGUCUCGAUCAGACUCCAGAGGCCCCCCACAAAUGUCUAGAGCUGCUUCAUCAAUUCCGCUAUCUCCACAACCGACUCCUCAGCAUCAUCACCAUCAUCAUUCUCAAAGACCUACAACGCCGGGAGCCACUCGUGCCCGCAACUACAUCGCGAGGGCUACCGCACCAAGUCCAACGCCGUACUCAUACGAUCGUGCAAGAGCUUACGUGCCACCAGCAUUACCACCGGGUUAUCGGCUAGCCGACCCGAUUCCGGAUCAAAGAGCUAUGUCUCCGUCCCCGGGCCAUACUAGAAAACUGAUCCGAAACGUGUCAGAAUCGGCUCAACGACUGCACCCAUCAGGCUCAACACCCCAAACAUCUCGAGCGCCAUCUCGGCAUUCGCAUCGUCAGAGCCCCAAUCCAAGAUUCCUAUAAUAAGCUUAAGCUUAUUAGUACUAGUUUAGCCUCAUCAAUAUUGAAUCCAAUCAUGCUUACCAAGAAAUCUUUCUCUUUUGCUUUUGCUCAUCAAAUUCUGCUUUCACUUAUAUAUUGUAACUUAACUUUCCUUCUCCCUACUGAAUUCUAUCAAUUUAUCAAUCAUUAAAUCAUUAUGCGACAAGGAGGAAUAUAUCAAACAAAGGAUGCCAACAAAGGACCAGUGAACGCGGAGCUAGACGAACUUUCAAAACGCGCCGAAGAGCUUCGAAAACGAGACGGAUGGUCCAAGUAUAAGCUCGUCGAGUCGGAUAUCUACAAGACCGAUCCGGAUCCAAUGCCAGCCAAUAUUAAGGAUCAAGUUCGCGACUUGCUCGAGUCGAGAAACUCCGUGGAGACGACGACAACGCAGAGAGAUCAUGACAAAUCUGGAUAUGUGACGGAUGACAAGCCGCGCAGCAUUAUGAAGAGAAACGAUUUGGUGCGUCGUGAGCAAAUGCUCUAUCCAACAGUUGAUACUCAAGUUGUCAAGUCGGUUGUCAAAAAACCAACUGUCACAGAAACUGUUCAACGAUUCGAAGAAACUCGUCGUACUGAAGAGGUCGAACGCCGCGUGCAACGCCGCGAGAAGAAAGAACGUCGUAGCCGUCAUCACUCCUCGUCCCGUCAUCACUCCGGAUGGGAGGGUCAUACUGGUGGAUAUCAAGAGUAUCGUCAAGGAGCAAUCACAUCCUCCUUGCCACGUCGCCAGAUCAUUCGUGAAGCCGACCGUGCUAUGACUGAAGAGGAGAUGAACAAAGUUGUUCGAGAGGCAUAUGCUGCUGCUGAUGAAGCUCGCAAAGAUAGUCGUCAUCGUAGUAGCUCGUUGAGCCGUGGUGGUCACGGCGGAGGAGGUCAAGAGACUUAUUACCGCCAAGAAACCACCCGUCGUCAGCAACACAACAAUUACGACGACAACUUCAACCGCGGAAUAGCGCAUGCGCGUUACGGUUCGUUGUCGGAUUCGUUGCGUCGUGGCGAGCUUCAGUACGUGCCAAACGGAGAGGUCCGUCAAUCGUUCUAUCGUGACGGAAGCAAUGGUGGACAGCGCAUGCACAAGAGUUAUUCUACCCGCGAUGUCUUCACUGGAGAUGGUUAUGACGAUCGCCGCUCAGUUUCCUCCUUCCGUCGUGGAAGCCAGCAACAGGUCUCCCCAUUCGUUGAAUUUCCACCAACCCUCCCAAGACGCGGAGGUGGCGGUGAUUACCGUCGCGAGGAAGACGCAUACUUCCGCCCGGUCAGCAAAUCCCGCAGCUACGCCGAUUGGGACGACGCUGGUCGUGCUGGCAUGGGUCGUGAGGUACGUCGUUACGACGAUGACAUGAGCCGACUCGAGGCAGAGUUCCGUGAUUCGCUUUUGAUGCCAAUGCCAGCUGGUAAUAUGAAUGAGCGAGAUCAUAGAACCGAACAAUUACCAGGUGGAUAUGAAACAUUCAACAAGGAGAGACAUGCGAAUAGUGGACGACGCUCCGGUCGUGACGGAAAGCCAGUUGAUUUCAACGAAGCAACCCAAGAGUACAACUACAAACGUGAACAAACCCUGAAUGAUGAUAGACGUCGUCGUUAAAAGUACACCACAGCUCUACCACCAUCGCCAUUCUGCCCGGUGUGCCAACUGCGCUCAAUUUUUGCAAAAACCUUCCGCAUUUCUUCUACUGCCCCAAUUCAUUUUUCCUUUCGGUGCUCACUUUUCCCCCCAAUUCGCUUCAUGAUUUGAUGAUUGAUUCCAUAAUACCAAUAUAUAUCCUAAAACUCGAUUCCCUAAAAAAUUUCAGUUUUUUUUUCUAACGUCUUCUCCCCAUGUUGCUUCCAGUGCCACUUUUUCUAUGUAAUAAUCAAACAAAAAUUGUGACUAAUGCUCAGAAACUGCCUAUUUUUUUCAUUGUUUCACUAUGAACAUAUGAACUUUUUUACAAAGCAUAAUUACGCAUUUAUUUUUUUUAUCUGUCGUCUCUGUCUAGUUUUCCCUUUUCAAUAAACAGUUGUAUAUCUUUGAAA